AUGUCCCGCCGCACGGCAGUUUGGCGGCAUUAUGAUCUGGAUGUCAAGUACCAAUGGAGCCCAUGGUUCCAAAGACCCAGACUUGAGCUCGAGCUCGAGCGGGAUGAUCCAUUGUCUGGAUCUCGUCGUAGUGGAGGUAGUCGCUCUCGCGCGUUCCCGAGUAAGGCCCGUUUGAGAUGUAAAUCGCGCAUAAAAUGUCAUCAAUUUUAUGGCAGUGAAGAAUACGAAGCAUUCUUCUGGAAGAAGGCUCACCAUGUAUCCAGUGUUGCGCUUGGAGAGCGGGGUAAUGAUAAUAAUAAUGACAGAACGGGACGGAGCGCCGAGUAUCCACGAAAGGGUUGCUGUCCAACUACGGGGAGGUGUAGCUUGAUCAAUCGCCACUUACGGCGCUCCAUGACGGACUCAUAUCACGUGAUGCACAACUCGGAUGAGGUUAAGUUCGACUCUACAGGACGAGUCACUGGUGACUGGAAGUCACAUCAAACUAGAAACGUGCCACAAGCGCGGACGAAUCAGGGCGCGUCUCACACCUCCAGGGUGAAACAGCGAUUCGUACGGUGUAGGCGGUUGUUGGGGUACAACACUUGGGAUGAAACACGCCUUGCGCUUAGAUAAGAUAACUCGCAGGUUGUUAUCGUGGGGCACCAAGCUUGAUGGUUAUAGGAAGGUGCGACGAAACAAUUUUCCGAUAUCAGAAACGGUCGAAAACAGAACCCAUGUCACUUAACAUCAGGAUCAGUGACAUGUUACCUGUGGGUGGGCGGGUGUUGCGUGCUGUCGGACUCUGAGUGUACUUGAUG